GGAGAAUACCUUACGUUUUAUCUUAAGGUUUUAUCUGCAUUUAUCACACAAUAUUAUAAACCGUACCCUGCUGGUGUGUGUAUAUUCUGCGAGCGGUUGACCUGACAUCAAUUCAACUUUCGCCUUUAUUCGUUUAUAAGCCAAUGGCUUCACCACUACUGGAGGGGAUGUCCAGCAGAAAGCGAAGGCCCAACUGGACCGACCAGGAGUGUCUUCUUCUGGUCCAGUUAAUGCAAGAGAGGAAAGACAUAAUCCGAGGGAAGUGCAGCACCGGCGUGUCCAUACAAGAUAAGAGACAAGCGUGGGAAGAGAUAGCUCAAGCCAUCAACACCGCCUUCCCGCAGAUUCAGCGCACGGUUUUUGACUGUAACAAAAAAUGGGAAAAUUUGCUGGCCAAGUCAAGGGAGGAAAUCAAAAGGCAGAAAAGGCAGUUGGGGAAAGAUGAAGACCUGGCACCUGAACAGUUGAGUAAAAUGACCCAAAUAGUGCUGUCUGUGAUGAACCUCUCAGACCGGCUGCUGCAGGAUAGAAAAGACCCUUCGAUCAUACAGUUUGCAGAAUCACAAAGCUGUGAUAAAGAAGAAAACAACUAUGCAACAGGUGAAACAUCCAGUGUCAAACAUCCGCUGCCCGAGCUCUGGUUCCCUGCUUACACCGCCUCGCAAACUGCACACUCAGAGCACUCGGAGCACUUUGAGGAUCCGUCUACCUCUCCAUCGGCACACAAAAUGAGCCCUCUAACUAACGUCCCCAGCUCACUGACAGUGCAUUUGCACAGCCCCUGCGCCACCGUGCCCACCGCUGCACCCUCCGCUCAGUACACGACUUUGCAAGAGCGAAUGGAUUUGGAAAUGUCUGUCCUUCGACGACAAGAAGCAGUCCUCAAGCUCCAAGAGGAAUAUUACACUCUUAAAAUUAAGCAGUUGAAAAAAGCAAUUGGGACAGAUAGUUCAUAAAAAAAACUUAAAGUAAUUGAAAGAAGACCUGUUGCACUGUGGAAACGUUUGGCUGGUUGUAAAAUCUGAGCAAGGCAAAUUCAGUGAAGUGGUACAAAGAUUUACUAGAGUUGUGGUUUAGGUUCUUACCCAUAUUGUGGUGUUCACUACUCCAGUGGUCAUCAACUACAUUUGUCCAAGAGCCAGGAUUUUUCUAUUUCACUUUAACACAAAAUUAAUGUUAUUUUUAUUAGCCUGUAUCAGUGUGAGCAAACUCCUAAAAAACAUGGGAACGUAAUAAUACAUAAUAAUACCUAGAUAAUUAACUAGAAAUUGCUCUUAGAGAAAGUUCACUCAGGAGUGAUGGUUCAAAUCUCUAAUACCGGGAAUAAUUUUGCGAAUGAAAUUGCCUAAUCUUGUUCUGAGUGGCAGGAAUUAUUAAUCAACUUGAACUGGUUUUGGUGCUAUUAUGCAGUAUCCUGAUUUAUGGAAAAUGUUAGCAGGAAGGAAAACCUUUUGAGUUUUUUUGUCAGGCAGGCAAAAGCCAAAAAUGUCUCUUAAAAAUCAAAAUGGGAAACACAAACACACACACACACACACACACACACACACACA